AUGGCCGAACUGACAUCUGGACUCACUUCUGUUGUGUUUUCCCCUUACAGUAAAAUGUUUAUCGGUGGCCUCAGCUGGCAAACCUCACCAGACAGCCUUAGAGACUAUUUUAGUAAAUUCGGAGAAAUAAGAGAAUGUAUGGUGAUGAGAGACCCCACGACAAAACGCUCAAGUGUUAAUCCGGGCGCGUGUAUAUGUGUGUCGGUGUGUCCGCGCGCGCCCAUGUGCUCGCGUGUGUCCCUGCGCGCGCGGGCGCGCGCGCGCGCCUGCGUGUGGUUUCACAGCGAGCCAGAUAAGCUUAAAUGCUCGCUGCUGUAA